GUUUAUUAUUUUUUUUGCACUGGAUUUUUUAGCUCCAGAAUUUUAGUGUGGUUGCAUACAUUUUAAUUUGAUUUAUAAUUUAAAAGAAUUUUCCACUAUUUAACACUUAAUACAAGAUUGUUUUAAAAUAUUUUUCUGUUUGGUGUUUAAUGGCUCUUGAUGGAGAUGGCGGACGAUAUACAGAGUAUUCCACGUUUGGAGAUGCUAUGCAAACAAAUGUACGAAUCAAGAGAUUCAACUCUUUGCGUAGAAGCCGAAAAAGCUUUGGUUUCUUUUCAAAAUAGUAAUACACCUAAUACACUCUCUAAGUGUCAGUUGCUAUUAGAACGAGCGGAUUCACAUUAUUCUCAACUAUUAGCAACCACAACUAUAACUAAACUUUUAUCUCGUACUCCAUUAACUCUAAGCCUUGAUCAAAGAAUACAAAUCAGAAAUUAUAUUUUGAAUUAUUUGGCCACACGUUCCAAAUUGCCAUCAUUUGUGGUUCAAGCUCUUGUAUUAUUAUUUGCUAAAAUCACUAAGCAAGGAUGGUUUGAUGGUGAAAAAGAUUCCUAUGCAUUUAGAAAUGUUGUAUCUGAUAUUUCAGUAUUUUUACAGGGAAUGAAUGUUGAACACUGCAUGAUUGGUGUACAACUAUUAUCUCAGUUAACUACUGAAAUGAACACUGUAGCUGAUGUAGAGUCUCAUCGAGCCGUGUUGAAACAUCGUAAAGUGGCAUCAUCAUUCAGAGAUACACAGUUGUUUGAAAUUUUUCGCAUGUCUUGUCAAAUGUUACGUAGUGCUAAUGAUAAUCGAAAAAAUUUAAAUUUUACUGAUGAAACACAACAUGGAUUUAUGUCUCGUUGUCUACAGUUAGCUCAAAAUUGUUUAACCUAUGAUUUCAUCGGUACAACAUGUGAUGAAUCAUCUGAUGAUAUUUGCACAGUUCAAAUACCUACAGGUUGGCGACCAGCAUUCCUUGAACAAUCUACUUUAACAUUAUUUUUCGAUCUCUAUCAUUCCCUGCCACCAAGUUUAUCAAGUCUAGCUUUAUCAUGUUUGGUGCAACUAGCUUCAGUUCGACGUUCCUUAUUUAGUACUACUGAAAGAGCUAAAUUUUUAUCCCAUUUAGUGAAUGGCGUCAAAGAUAUUCUACUUAAUCCCCAGGGUUUGGCUGAUUCAAAUAAUUACCAUGAGUUUUGCCGUUUAUUAGCAAGAUUAAAAUCAAAUUAUCAACUUGGGGAACUUGUAAUGAUUGACAGUUAUCAAGAAACUGUUGGUCUUAUAGCUAAAUUUACUGUUGAAAGCUUACAGGUAUAUCAAUGUGCUCCAAACAGUUUUCAUUAUUUGUUAAGUUUUUGGCAGCGAAUGGUAGCUUCUGUACCUUACGUAAAAGCUGCAGAACCUCAUUUAUUGGAAACUUACACUCCAGAAGUUACAAAGGCUUACAUAUCCUCCAGAAUAGAGAGUGUUACACUUAUUGUGAGAGAUGGACUUGAUGACCCAUUAGAUGAUUUCACCAAUGUUCAACAACAGCUAGAGCAAUUAUCUGUGAUCGGUAGAUGUCACUAUCAGAAAACAUGCUCAUUAAUUGCUCAGUUAUUUGAUCAAUCAGCUACUACUUAUCAAGAAAUUAUUGCUUCACCUUCUGCUUCUAUUUAUGAUCUAAAAAUACAAGAAGGUCGUUUGACUUGGUUGGUAUACUUAAUUGGAGCUGCAAUUGGAGGUCGAGUUACAUUUAAUAGUAAUGAUGAUGGAGAUGCAAUGGAUGGAGAAAUGGCUUGUAAAGUUCUACAGUUAAUGACAUUUAGUGAUUCAAGACUUCCACAAGGAGGUUACGAAAAAUUAGAACAUUCAUUUUUAUUUUUCUUUGAACAGUUUCGAAAAAUUUAUAUUGGUGAUCAAGUACCCAAGAAUUCAAAAGUUUACCGUCGAUUACAUGAUGUACUUGGUAUUAGUGAAGAACACAUGGUUCUUAGUAUUUUUAUGAGAAAAAUUAUAACAAAUUUGAAAUUUUGGUGCUCCAGUAAUACAGUUAUUCAAAAAACAUUGGCAUUAUUGAAUGAUCUUUCAGUUGGUUUUUCUAGUGUCAGAAAACUAGUAAAACUUGAUGAAAUUCAGUUCCUAUUAAACAAUCAUACAAGUGAACACUUUCCUUUAUUAGGAAAUACAUUUAGUGUAAAAGAUAUGAGACAUCGAUCAUCAUUUUAUACUUCAUUAGGUAGACUCCUUAUGAUUGAUUUAUUAGAAGAUGAAGACAAAUUUGAUAACUUUAUGAUUCCUCUAACUGCAUCUGUUGAGUCUAUAGGAGCCUUAUUAGCAACAGUUAAUGGUGUAAAUGAUACAUCCGUGUAUUCUAAUAUUGAAGCUAAGAAAGCUCUAAUAGGCCUUAUUAGAGAUCUUAGAGGCUUAGCUUUUUCAUUCAAUACUAAGACAUCUUUUAUGUUACUUUUUGAGUGGUUAUAUCCAUCUUAUACCCCAAUUUUACUUCGCGCAAUGGAACUAUGGUAUGCUGAUCCAGAAAUUACAACACCUUUACUAAAACUUUAUGCAGAAUUAGCAUUAAAUCGAUCACAAAGACUUCAAGUGGAUGUGUCAUCUCCAAACGGCAUUUUAUUAUUUCGUGAAGCUAGUAAAGUUGUUUGUACUUAUGGAAAUAAUAUUUUAAACCUUGAUGUUCAGCAAGAUAUGUUAUAUAAAAAAAAAUUGAAAGGAAUAUCUAUUUGUUUUUCAAUGUUAAAAGCAGCAUUAUGUGGAAAUUAUGUGAACUUUGGUGUUUUUAAACUUUAUGGUGAUGAUACAUUAGAGAAUGCACUUAACAUAUUUGUUAAAUUAUUACUAUCCAUUCCACUUAGCGAUCUUAUGCAUUAUCCUAAAUUAUCACAAACCUAUUAUGGUUUGCUUGAGUGUCUUGCUCAAGAUCAUAUGGAAUUUUUAUCAACUUUAGAACCUCAGGUAUUUUUAUACAUUCUUUCAUCCAUUUCUGAAGGAUUGAAUGCAUUAGAUAUGUCUAUAUGUACUGGAUGUUGCACUACUCUUGAUCAUAUUGUUACUUAUGUAUUUAAACAGUUAUUACUAAAAGGUAAAAAAGUAAGACGUCGUAUGCAACAAGUAAAUGAAAUUUUCUUACGUACUCUAGAAACUCAUUUAGGUGUUUUUAGACAAAUUUUACAGACUGUUCUUAACAUAAUAAUAUUUGAAGAAUGUAGAAAUCAAUGGUCAAUGUCGAGACCUCUUCUUGGACUUAUAUUACUUAACGAAGAAUAUUUUAAUCAGUUAAGAGAUAUUAUCUUGCAAAGUCAACCAAUUGAUAAACAACCAGCAAUGGCUCAAUGGUUUGAAAUGUUAAUGGAAGGAGUUGAAAGAAAUUUAGCAAGCAGAAAUCGUGAGAGGUUUACUCAAAACUUGUCAUCAUUCAAAAAAGAAUUGACUGAAAAAGGAUCAACAAUAUCUAUGAAUUCUGUUAAUAAUGAAGUUAUGAUUACUACAUAACAUAUUAAAUUAUUUAAAGUGUGUAAUUUUA